UAGGCGUAAUAUUUUCAACUAUUAAUCAAAGUACUGGUUUAUUAAAAUUAUACAGUUUACAAACACCAAGUUCACUUAACAUAAACAAAACUAUUAUCAACUUUACCACAAAACUUCAUUCAUAGUUUAUUAUUACAUAACAGACUAGCAUGUGUUUGCUAUUACAUAAUGUUGUGAUGACAUCAUUUUCAACAUUGAUCUACUAAAUAUUAAAGUCAAAAUGAAUGAAAUUUGUCAUAGAAACAAAAUUUUAUUCAACUUGGUUAACUAAAUGUUAUGGAAAUAUUGCUGAAAAUCAUGUGAUAUAUGACACGCGACAAUUAACGCUCGUUUAUUGUAGUCAAAAUGGUUAUGGAUUCAGAAAUCAGUUUUCCAGCUAGACAAUUAUUCACAUGUUCCAGCAACUGUACAAUGGAUAAAACUCUUCUUACCAAAAAAAGGCAACAGGAAGCUGAUAAUGCUAUAAGGUCAUCGACUGAGCAAUUUCAGAGGAUGUAUGACAUUAAUACUAACUAUUUCACACCAAAUUAUGCGUCGAAAACACCAUCAUUCAUAUCUGAUCAUACACAAUUCAACGGAACAGCGAAAAAUUUGCCUAAAUGUUCAUCAACUCCGGCAUUUGCCACUGAAAACAAUGAUACUAAGAGCAGCAAUUCAUGUGAUCACUGGCAAUGGGAGCUUAUAAGUUCAAAGAAUCAAUAUAUACCAUCAUUUUAUUUGGGUAAACAAUAUUAUUCAGAUACUUGUGUCACAAUAAAUCAGUAUGACAGUACCCAAGUGCUCCAAACACCAAUAAAACAAAUACACUGUGCGAAAGCAAAUAAAGUGAAGAAGGGAACAAAUGAACUUUUGGUCUCCCAACAUAGCAAUUUAUUGAAAACUAAUAUGGAGAGUUCAAAGAAAAAUAAACUUAUAUCAACUAAAAUUAACUCAUGGAAUUUACCAGUGAAAAAAUGGCCUCAAAAUCUUACUCACACUGUAAAACAAACACCCUUAAAUCAUGUUUUGGCACGAUCAUAUUCACUUACGACGUUAAAUACUUCUACAUUAAACAAAUUGACUGCAUCAAAGUCGAUUAUUUCACAAAAAACAAUGAAUUCACUUGAGGAACUACCAGUUAUUGAAUCAGCACCCUUUAAUUCAUACACCAAAUAUGGAAUCGGUAAACAUGAAACAUUAGAAAAUCGGAAAAUCGCCUAUCCUAUUACGAAAUACAAACAAACGACAUUACUAGAAAUCCUUCCUAAAUGGCGUGAGCAGGCGGCGAAAUUGCAUUUAUCAAAACAAACAAUAUCUUAGCUUUCUUGAAAUAUAAAUAUAAAAUAUAUAUUAAUAACAGUUUUCUUUGAAGUAAUCAACUGGAUACAUUUCUUCACCGGAUAUUAUGCAGCGUCUCAAUGUACACACUAAACAAAUGUCUUUCAAACUGUUCAAUAUUUAAAAGUAAUUGUUAUAAUUAUCAGUAGUAUAGUAAUGACAAGAUCAAUAAAACAACAGUCGAAUAAGAUGAUCUAUUACUUAUUACAUAUUCAAUUGUUAUCUGUUUCAAUAAUUAAAAACUAUUACUGUUCUCUCCAUAUUGUUGAUAUAAACUUUGAUUAUGCAAGUAAUUUUUGGCGAAAGAUUAUUCUACCCUCUCCGUCCAAUGAUUAAUAAUAUACUGAAAUCUUAUUACUUCCAUGUACACAAAUGAAGAAUAUCUAUAAUGAUUUGUACAUACUAUACUUUUAUUCAUACCUGUACUUUUGUUGAAUUUAUCCGUAUAAUAUUUGAAUAAUUAUUGGAAUAAAUUUUGAUUAAACCA